UUAGCAGAUAUAAAACCUCGCCCACAUCACAUUUCGCCCAGUGAAAUAUUCCUUCUGUUUUGAUUAUGAAACAUGUAAUGAACGUCUUUUGAUGCUCACAAGGUUUAACGUUUAAUUCCAGUUGAGUGUCAUUUUAUUUCACAAGCAACUUUAGAAGCAUAAAGGGAUAAUAUCUAGUUGGAACAGUACGAAAUUUCAGACAUGUCCAAUACAUACUCCGAUGGCACUACGCCUACAGUUUGUAUAAUUGGUUCUGGUUUUUGUGGUUUAUGUUCUGCGGUUAAAUUGAAAACUGACCUGGGAUUUGAGAAUUUUGUCAUUUAUGAGAGAAAUAAGGACGUUGGAGGCAUUUGGUUGGCGAAUACUUAUCCAGGCUGUGAGACAGACGUUCCUAGUCAUUUGUAUUGUUUCUCGUUUGAAUUGAAUCCCAACUGGUCAAAACAUUAUGGGACAUCAGCAGAAAUUCAGGACUAUUUCAGCAAGGUUGCCCGUAAAUAUGACCUCUACUCACACAUCAAAUUUGAGACUCAAGUUAAGUCAACAAUAUGGGUUGAUUUCAUUAAAAAAUGGAGAGUGACAAUCAAAAAUAGAGUCUCUAAGCACGAGGAAGUGCAUCUAUUUGACAUCGUAAUCAAUGCUUGUGGUGGGCUUCGUUAUCCAAAGAUUCCUGAGGAAUUCAAAAAUUUUAAACGACCAAUGUGGCAUUCUGCUGAAUGGGAACAAUCUGUCGAUCUAACAAAUAAAACUGUUGGAAUAGUUGGAAGCGGAACGAGUGCCUGUCAAAUUAUACCAAAUAUUGUGCCGAAAGUGAAACAGCUGCAUGUCUUCCAAAGAAGGGCUUCGUGGGUUGUCGGACGCGCCCAAUUCGAAUAUUCAAAAUUUGUCAAGAAAUUAUUUCUAUUGAUUCCAUUCCUUUUGUGGCUGUACAGGGCGUACAUAUUUAUAAAGUAUGAAAUACGUCAUCAUGCCUUCAAAGGAAAAUCUUAUUUCUCAGAACUUGCUAGCCGAGACUCUAUUGAGCUGCUAAAAUCUCAAAUUCCAAACAAUAAAGACUUGCAAGAAGCUAUGACACCUAAAUUUCAAUUCGGUUGUAAAAGGUUAUUGGUAACCAACGACUACUACCCAGCAUUGAAUCAGUCUAAUUGUACAGUUCACAACAGCAAAAUUACAAAAGUUACUGAUAACUCAAUAAUAAUGGAAAAUGGAGUAUCACAGGAACUGGAUGUCCUAAUCUUGGCCACAGGUUUUCGUGCACAAGAAUAUUUUGCUCCAAUAGAAUUGAUAGGAGCAAAUUCAGUAGAUAUAUUGAAAAAAUGGUUGGAUAAUGAACCACCGAAAGUAUACUAUGGAAUAGUCGACCGUCAAGUUCCGAAUCAUUUUUUUCUAAUCGGACCGAACACGGCCAUAUUCCACAGCUCCGUUUUCUUCAUGGCUGAAUGUCAAGUUUCAUUUAUAAUUCGCCUUGUUAGGGAAAUGAUGGCCAGAAAUGCUAAAACCGUAACUGUCAAGGAGCAUGCGGUCGAAGAGUACAUGAAAUAUAUGCAAAAACAUAUGGGUAACACCGUAUGGGGCACAGAAGAUUGUGGAGGAUGGACCGCAUCUAAAGCUGGAAUAACAACAAUUUUAUGGCCAAUGAAUUCUACCGCCUACUGGCUACAAACUCGGAAAAUUAACUAUUCGCAUUUCGAUUUUGAAUAGAGAAUAUUUUGCGGAAAAAUGGUUAGCCAAGCGAAACUAAACAGAUCGACCGGCUUUGAUAUAAUAAUUCAAAAACUUUAAUUAUUUUGUGUGGUUUUGUAUAGAAACGGAUUAUUAGUAUUAGUAUGCUGAAAACAUUUCCAUUUUGAUUCAAUAUGAUGGUUCAAUAAGGAAAAGGUUAUUCGUAACGAAAUGAAUUAAAUUUAGUUUUUAAAUCUUUUAUUUGGUUAGUGCGUUAGUGGAUAACGUAUAUAUAUUCUGAGUCGAUAAAAGCGCAAUACCCGACCAGACUAACAAAUGUUGAGAAACAUAAUAAAGGGAAAAUAAAAUGUUCGACUUCCAUGGCUUUAUAAACAUUUGCUUUCGAUAAGAUAAUGAAAACAAAU